AUGUCAACUAUUCAGCAAACAUUCAAUCCAGAGUUUACUCAAAGUGGGGAGAAAAGAGUAAGAGUUAAAUUAGCUUGUGAUUUUUGUAAGAAAAGAAAAUCAAAAUGUAAUGGUGAAAAUCCUUGUCAAAAAUGUGCUGAUAAAAAUCGUCAAUGUGUAUAUACACUAGUUCAGAAACCACGUAAAAAAAGAGAAACAAAACCAAAUAAUACUACAACCACCAAUAUUUCAAAUGGCGACAGAAUCAAUACUAAAAAGCCCGCACCCGCAAAAGUCACUAAAAAGGAUAAAACUGUUACCGAAUUGAAUUCAAGAAUUAACGCUUUAGAAUCUCUAAUUAAUAAUAUUGUUUCAAAUUUAGAUCCAUCAGCAAGAUCUGGUGUACUAAGUCAAAUUAACAAUAGAAAUUCUCAUGAAAGUAGUUUGUCUUUUUCAUCAGAGCAUGGUAAUUCAAGUGAUGAAAUCGAAGAAGAUGAAGCACUAGAAGAAGUACAAGAGGUUUUUGAAGACGUUGAAGAAACUGAUUUAGACACAGAUUUAUUUGGGUACGAACUGAAUAAUGUUAAAGAUGUUAUAAAAGAUCCAAAAAUAAUGAAAGAAAUGCUUGCACCAUCCGAUAAAACUUGUUUUACAACAAGAAUGAAAAAUAGAUUAGCACAAUAUUGUGGAACUCAUUCAUUAUUUUUUACAUUAUCAGCAAAAUCACUAGAUUGGCUAAAAAACAAAAUAACAGGAAUUAAUACAAAUUUUAUAACUGACGAUUUAUAUUCACCUUUAAGGAAGAUGCCAAUGAUUUUAACGAACGCUAUGGAAAGGUCAAAAAAUGAAUUAUUUGAAAAAACUACAAUCAAAGAUGGAAAUUCUAUAUUUCUACAACAGUAUGAAAAAAAUCUAAUAUUUGAAGCUAUAGAGUUGUAUUAUAAUAGAUUAAGUUCACCAACGUUUGUCUGUUCAGCUAGUACACUUCGAGAAAUAUUCCACAAGUAUUUCCAAUUUUACAAUGAUGAUGUUGAAUUAUUAAAAAAGAACAUCUCAAUGAGUGAAUUCUUGAUAAUGAGUUCAAGUUUAGUACUAGCAUUCUCAAGAUUCACAAAUGCUACUGAAAUUGAUCCACUUUUGUAUCCCAAUUUAUCUUUAUUGACAACUAAAGAUGCUGAAAACAUGAGAGCAAGGUUUUUUGAUUCAACUAUGCAAUAUUAUAAAUUUGUCUCUGUUAAAAAUGAAGGUGUUAAAUCAGUUCAAGGGUUAGCAUUAUUAUCCUUGAUUGUCAAUGAGUCAUUUAUUUCGGAUUUUCACAUUAAUUACGGAAUAAUAAGCAGUAUGAUUAGUUAUGCAAAAGAAUAUGGUAUUCAUAGAGCAGAAUACAUAAAUGAUGAUGAUCAAAAUUAUGCAUUGACUUGCCGAAGAGUAUGGGCAUUUUGUGAAAUGUUUGGAGUGGAAAUUAGUUAUAAAAGUGGUAAGCCAAUGUUAAUCAAUUACGAGGAUGUUUCAACUUUAACAGAAGCUGACCCAAGUAUUUUUUCAAUUCCAUUAGAUUUAUUUGCUAAUAAAAAGUAUAUGAAAAACGUUAAAAAAAUUGUUGAAGAAGUUAAGUCAAUCGGUCCUGAUUCUUAUGCCGGUUAUUUUUCCUUAAUGUUGGCUAGAAUUAAAGCCAAAAGUUACUGUAAAUUGUACUCAAAAUUACCAUCAGGAAUUAGUAUUCAAGGUAUAUUAACAGUUGUUAAUGAAAUAAAUGACAAUAUGAAGAAAUUGGCAGAACUCAUUGCACCUGAGCUUCGACCAACGUUUGAAGAAAAAUCUUUUACUGCAAAUUGCAUUCCAGGUGAUGUAAAAACUGCAAAAUUGUAUACUUUAGAAUUUCAUUUUUCUUACUUUUCACAUUUAAUUGCCAUAAAUAGAGUUCCAUUUAUCAAAGAUUUUAAGAUUGAAGAUGAUAGGUUACUAGCAUAUGGUAAUACUUCAUUAAAAGCAGCUAGAAAAAUUUUACAAUUAUCAGUUGAUCCCAACAUAUUAUCAGCUGUUGAAGAAAGCUCAUUUCCUUUCCUAGUUUUCUAUCCAAUGGCCGCUUAUUUGAGUUUAUUGGGAAAUUGUCUAGUUUACCCGAACGCAAGCUCAUCAUAUCUGGAUAGUUUAUUAUUAAUUCAAGCAUCCUUGAGAUUUUUUGCAUAUAAUGGAGCUCAAGGUAUAAAUUUGGACAAUAAGAGAAUGUUUUGUGAUUUAAUGAGUAGAAUAUUUUUAAGAAUUUUAGUUGAUGUUAUGGAAAAACAAGCAAGUGUAAGAUUUUAUGAUAUAGUACCAGAAUUAAAUAAUCAUCUUAAUUCAGUUUUUAACAAAUUCCCAGAAGUUUUCAAAAUGACGGGAAAUGAUUCAUUAGAACUUGAGAAAUUAUCGAAUGAAAAUAAUGCAAUUGGAAUGUACACCAACGAAAAUAAUACAAAUGCUCCAACUACAUCAUCAACUUCAUCAUUUUCAAGUUUAGAUACAGAUGUUAGACCAAUACUUUCAAAUUUUAUGAAUACUUAUGGAACUUCAGAAAAUUUGAAUAAUUUUGAGUUUGAUAAUUUCAAUGAUAAUAGUAAUGGAUUUGAAUCAUCGUCUAAACAUGCUGAUUUGUUUAGUAAUUUUGAAAAUUUAAUUCAACAAGAACAACAAUUUAAUGAUUUUAAUUUUAACUUCAAUUUUAAUAAUUUUAAUGAUGUUAAUGAUUUUGCGAAUUCUGUGAAUUUCAGUAAUGGUGCUAAUUUAAAUAAUAAUUUAUGA